UGUAUGUGAUGGCGGUGAGUGAGAAUGAGGGCUUGAUGGAACGCGUUGGGUUGGGUAUUAUUCACGAGUCUGCUUGGAUUGCUUCGAGUGCGCAGGAGAAGGUGGUGUUUCUUCGGUGACAGUCGGUCUUCAUGUAAAGUUAUUGUAUAUGUAUGGUUGUACGUGCUACGUGUCGAACGUUUGAACAUUUGGCCUAUUCGUUUUCGAGUUCCUUAGUAUUGUUUGUAAAUAUUUGUUGUGCCACGUAAGGUUGUUUUGCAAUAAUUAUCCCACUCGACUUCACUUCUUCUUCACUCGUCUACUCCUGGGCUUCAAGUUACGAUGAGCGGUUUUCGGUUUUUGAAUCUCGUCCGACCAUUCCUUCCACUCCUGCCAGAGGUUUCUUCACCAGAUCGUAAAGUUCCUUUCAACCAAAAGCUACUAUGGACUGCUGUUACACUCCUCAUUUUCUUGGUCUGCUCUCAAGUACCAUUAUAUGGCAUCAUGUCUUCAGAUUCCUCUGACCCUCUUUACUGGAUGCGUGUCAUCCUUGCUUCAAACCGUGGAACCCUCAUGGAGCUCGGUAUAAGCCCUAUCGUUACGUCCGGAAUGAUCAUGCAACUAUUGGCUGGCGCAAAUUUGAUCGAGGUCGACUUUAGCUUGAAGGAAGACCGCGCAUUAUUCAGCGGUGCACAGAAACUAUUUGCUUUGAUUAUUUCGCUUGGCCAGGCUACCGUCUACGUCUUGACAGGUCUUUACGGUCAACCAAGUGAUCUCGGCGCCGGUGUUUGCCUUCUCCUCAUUAUCCAGCUCAUCGCCGCCGCCCUUAUCGUCAUCCUCCUCGACGAGCUCCUCCAGAAAGGCUAUGGUCUUGGCUCAGGCAUAUCCCUAUUCAUCGCAACCAACAUCUGCGAAUCCAUCAUCUGGAAGGCCUUCUCCCCUACAACUAUCAACACCGGUCGCGGCCCCGAAUUCGAAGGUGCCGUCAUUGCCCUCUUCCACCUCCUCUUUACGUGGAACGACAAGGGGCGUGCACUUCGCGAGGCUUUCUGGCGCGACAGACUCCCGAACAUCAUGAACCUCCUCGCAACUGUCAUCGUGUUCGCUGCUGUUAUCUACAUGCAAGGAUUCCGCAUCGAGAUCCCGGUCAAGAGCAACAAAUUCCGUGGCCAACGUGGCAGCUACCCCGUCAAGCUAUUCUAUACUAGCAACAUGCCCAUCAUGCUCCAAAGCGCGCUCACAUCAAACGUGUUCAUCGUCUCGCAAAUGCUCGCAACGCGCUUCCCGUCCAAUAUCUUGGUCAAAAUCCUCGGCGUCUGGGAGCCUCUAGAAGACUCUCCCCAACUCCGCGCAGUAUCCGGUCUCGCAUACUACAUGUCCCCCCCACACACUCUCAAAGAAGCCUUCCUCGACCCAAUCCACACCCUCCUCUACAUCGCAUUCAUAGUCUCUGCCUGUGCCCUCUUUUCCAAAACCUGGAUCGAGGUGUCAGGCAGCGGCCCACGCGAAAUCGCAAAACAGCUUAAAGACCAACAGAUGGUCAUGGCUGGCCAUCGCGAGGGAUCGAUGUAUAAAGAGCUUAAGAGGGUUAUUCCGACUGCCGCUGCGUUUGGAGGUGCUAUACUUGGACUUUUGAGUGUGGGCGCUGAUUUGAUGGGCGCUAUUGGGAGUGGAACGGGGAUUUUGAUGGCUGUUACUAUCAUUUAUAGCUACUGGGAGAUCGGUAUCAAGGAGAGUGGUGGACCUGAAAUGGCAGCGCUGAGCGACCUCAUGUAAGCGUGACUAUUGAGUCUCUUGAUUACACGGGGGCACGCCGGGGUUGGGCAGAAAGUAACUUAUACUACACAACGUAACGUACACAUCGAUGAACUGCUUUAACCGCUUGUCUGUCGCUUCUGCUCUCGUUGUACAGUGAAUGGAGUUAAUGUCUGGAUGAGU